AUGAGUGUCGUCAAUAAUUCCAGAUCACUAUUAAAAUCUAUAGAUGCUUUAAACUGUGAAACCAGUAAAUCAUCCAUCAUAAUUAAGAAUAUAACUCUUAAUACAAAUAACACUGAAAAUGUAAACAAAAUAUAUGAAACUGCAGUAGAUCAACCAACUGAUGCAAAAGACUAUUAUAGUUUUUCUUCAGAUACAAAUGAAAUGUAUUAUUCAGAUUCUGAAGGAUCAAAGUUGUUAAUUUUACCUCAACAUGAUACAUUUGUACAUAAUAUGCCGUCUGUCUUACAUCUGCCUUCUAGUUCUGAUUCUGAUAUUGAUUAUUGUAAAGUGAUGAGUAACAAACCUUUGGCAACCAGUAGUCCUUUAAGUAAACUUCAAAGUAGCAUUAAAAAUAAAUAUUACAGGAAAAAAACUUCUAAAAGAGUAUCAAUUAAUCUCAAAAAUUCUAAUGAUGACAUUAAAUCAAAAUCAAAAUCAAGCCAGGUUAAAAAAUGUCAUAAGAAUUCUGGUAAGACUAUUUCUUCAUACAAAGCAUGUCUUAGUAAAAUUCCUAAUUUAUCAAAUAAAACUGCCUCGCCAAAAUAUAACAAUCUGCAGUUAAUAGAAAAUCAAGAAAAAUCUGACAAACAUACAAAAGAUUCAACUUUUAAUAGUAUAAAACAAGUAUCUCAGAAAAGUUUAAAUGAUGUGACAAACAUAUUAUACACAAAUCAAUCCCAAAUAACUUUACAGAAGUCUAGUUUCACAACAAACACGACAUUGAAUAGAAAAAAUGAAAACAGUGCAUUUCAAUUAAAUUUGCUAUUUGAUAAAACAGAAAAUUUAAAUCCAAACAAAUCAAAUAAGAUAGAUCUUGUGAACACACCAUGUCUUACUGAAAUUCCUAAUUUAUCAAAUAAAACUGCCUCACCAAACUAUAUCAAUCUGCAGUUAAUAGAAAAUCAAGAAAAAACUGACAAACAAACAAAACAUUCAACUUUUAAUAAUAUAAAACAAGUUUCUCAGACACGUUUGAAUGAUGUGACAAACAUAUUAUACACAAAUCAAUCCCAAAUUACUUUACAGAAGUCUAGCUUCACAACAAACACGACGUUGAAUAAAAAAAGUGAAAACAAUGCAUUUCAAUUAAAUUUGCUAUUUGAUAAAACAGAAAAGUCAAAUCCAAACAAAUCAAAUAAAAUAGGUUUAGUGUAUAAUUCAUUGAAAAGUGAAAAAAGUUCAACAAAAAAUCAAAUUGAAGAAAAUCAAACACUUAAUACAAAAAUUAUGUAUAAUAACUCACAGAUCAUUUACAAUAUUAAUAAAAAUACAACAUUUGAUGAAAACCAUCUGAAUAACACUGAUUUAUCAGACAUUUUUCAAAUGGAAUUGAGCUUAAAAAUGUUUUCUGGAAAUAUUGUACCAUACAUGAAUAGUAUGAAGCAUGAGAUAUUACAAAUAAUGAAUAAAUGCAUGUAUAAACAUGAUGAACAAAUAACUAAAAGAUCGAAACAUGUUAAUGAUAUUAUAAAAAAUAUUCAUAAUAUUAUGAAAGCAAAUGUAUACAAUUGUAUUGACUCUUCAUCAAAUAAAAAAGAUUAUUCAACUAUACCGUUCGUAGGUGUUGAUUUGAAUAAUUUAAAUGUGUUAAAUAAUAAGUUGGAAUGUGUAAAAAAAAACUGGAACAAGUUAAAUUAUGCGAAAAUAUAUUGA